AUGGAGCCUUUUCUGACGUGCUAUAAUGGCAUCGUGCUGUUGGACUCCUCCGUUCAGCACGGCUAUAAAUUUCAGGUUCGCGACAGCGUUUCAAGGCUCGGUGAUUACGUCAUCACGUGUAAUUGGCAGGGCAGUCCAAUGCACUGCGCAAUCAAUCGUAUUGUGCUGGAACCGAAAUCAGUCUACGAGAAGACGGUGUACAGAAUUGCGAAGGAGCAAUUCCCGUCUGUACCGGCGUUGAUCAGGUUCUACGUCGGCAGCAAGACGCCGCUUACCCCCGAAUCCUCUGUGGAUUUAUACCACUGUGGUUCUGCAGCAGGCAGGUUGAAGGCUCCACCAAAGCCGUUUAGGGUCGCUGUACUUCACAACAAAAACAAAUCGCCUGUCGUCGGUAGGAACAAGUCUGGUCAGUUUAAAGAAAUUUCUGGAAGCACCGAUCAUGAUGAUUAUCACGAAUAUUGUGAUAUUGAUUAUGAGGAAGCUCUGGAAGAUGUUCACUCAACUAAAUUUGGGGUAACUCCUCCUCCGUUACCGUUAAGAAACGAGCUUCAACGGGACAGUGCUUGCGUUCCCGACAUAACAAUAUAUGAUCAGCCAAAUCCCGAGUGCAGGCCAUGCGUGUUUCACGAAGUGCCAUCGCAACUGCAGUUGAAUGAAUAUCAAUCUGAGUUGUUCGAUGCUGACUCAAAACCGCUUGAUUCAAGACUGUGGCCUCAAGUCGAAACUGCACUUCUGACAGUGGAUUUUUCACAGCUCGCCUGCCAGUUGACUAAGCAGGAUUUUCAGUUGUUGCAGACCGACUCCAUGAUUAUGGCUCAGUCAUUAUGGAAUCGUCUCCGAACAACGUAUACAUCCCUAGCUGUAAACUAUGAAACACAACUUCGAAGAAUAUUCCGCGGUGAGGCAGGCGUCGGCCUCCCUUGUCACACGAUUUCCCUUCCAGAUCUACUUCCCCUCGCGAAGCUGCUCGAAGUGAAUAACGUCAAGUGCGGAGCACUUUGGGAUGCAGACGAUAUGGACAUUACAUAUGGCAUAGAAAAAUUCUGGUCCCUCUUAGAACAGUCCAGAUUUUGGUGCAAACUUUUGAAAAAGUGGGAAAACAACUGCGAUCUUAUGCUGCGGUGCGGCAUCGAGAAGUUACAGCCAAUCGUAUCAGAAAUGUGCCGAACGGAAUUUCAGUUGAAGCUUCUCUGGGGUAGCAAAGGUGCUGCGGUGAACUCUGAAGAACGGUACUUAAAAUUCGACCAGUUACUGGAUUUAAUGGCUGAACGUUGUGAAAUGCAAUUUGCUACAUUUAGUUAG